AUGGCGACCUCCACCUGGCUCAUCACAGGCUCUUCACGCGGACUUGGUCUCGAGCUCGUACGGCAGCUGACCAGGUCUCCUGCCAAUCUCGUCAUUGCGACGUGUCGCAAUCCUGCCGAAGCCACCGCGCUGCAGACGCUUAAGAGCGAUGCGAAAGGACCGCUUCACAUUGUUCCGCUGGACGUCAGCGACUCCGCCUCCAUCAGGAGUUCUGUCAGGACGGUCGAGAGUAUCCUUGGUGAUCAAGGGCUCGACUACCUAUAUAACAACGCUGCGAUCAGCCCGGGCCUCGAGGCUGCCUUCGACUUUGAGUACUCAGCCUUGCUUGAAACGCUCAAGAUCAAUAUCGCAGCGCCUGCGCUGAUAUCGCAGGUGUACCUUCCCCUCGUUGAGAAGAGCAACCGCAAAGUUAUCGUUAAUGUGUCGACCUCGUUCGGCAGCAUCGGGCUCGACGUGGGCCCCCUAUGCGCUGCGUACAGUGCUACUAAAGCCGGGCUUAACAUGCUGACGUACAAGCAGGCAAAGGCUAAGCCUGGUCUUACCGUGAUCACGCUGGAUCCCGGGUGGGUCAAGACAGACAUGGGAGGACCUAAUGCUGCGCUUGAGCCACAUCAGAGUGUAGAAGGGCAGCUCAGAGUAGUGACGGGUUUGACGCCGCAGGAUUCUGGCAAGUACUUCAAUCACGCUGGCGAAAUCCUACCGUGGUAA